CAUCCAACCGCAAAGUACAUUGGGUUUCAUGAACUGACAAAUCCCAUUAUAAUGCUACGUGACAUCGAGUUAAUAAAAUCAAUGACCGUGAAGAAUUUAAAACACUUUGUUAAUCAUAGCGAACCUUUAGACACUGAUAAUAAUCCUAUA